AUGAACGCUCCCACAACAGACCAGGCCAAAAACUACAAAUACCCCGGGGAAAAGCCUCCUAAUCCGCGACACCUAGCAAUCGCCCUCCAACACGCAAACCAAAUCCAAGCACAGAAAGACGCCCAAGCCCUAAUCCUAGAUCGCAUACUGGAACUGAUCGAGCUCCCAUCCUCGGAAUCAGCAGAUCCCGCACAACCUGCCGCACAAGAUGCAGCAGCACUCAAAGCGGCCCUGGUACCGUUUCAGCCUGUGGAUUUCGAUAACCUCAUUCUUGAGCGGAAUAUAGAAGGGCGAUGUGGCUAUGCGUUAUGUCCUCGCGAGCACAGGAAAGAAGACCCUAAUGCCAAGUUUCGGAUUUUAUGGGGACCGAAAGGGAGCGGAGACAACGGCCGGGGUCGAGAGAUGAAGGUUGUCCCUCGUGAGAAAUUGGAGAUGUGGUGUUCAGAUCAAUGUGCUGAGCGAGCUAUGUAUCUCCGGGUCCAGUUGGCUGAAGAGCCGGUGUGGGAGAGACGAGCGGUGGAUUCACGGACGAAACCGCUUGAACUAUUGGAAGAGGCUCAGCAAACGAGAAAGGAGGCAACUAAGACAAAUGGAGAACAAGAAGAUCGGACGUUGACUGAGAAAAUGAAGAAUCUCAAAGUGAAUGAUGAGUCCUCAUCAGCAUCUGCAUCGACCUCUGAACACACGAAACAACUGGCUCUUGAACGAGGCGAUACCGGUCCCACGUUUAGGAACCAAGGUCGCGUGGAUGUGAACGUGCAAGAGAAAGACGUUGACUUCCACGGGAGUAUACCAGCCGCUCCUGUUGCGCGCCCAGGAGACAGCACUGGCGGUUCAAUCGAGGGUUACGUGCCUCAAAAGACUCAUGAGAAUCUUAAGCAAACUCAUGACCAGGAUGCUUCCGACAUGGAAGAUGUGCUUUACAAUAUUUGA